CUUAGCACUUAUUGUGGAUCUUGGUUUGAACCUCACGCAAUGUCGGGCAAGAAGCAUGACGAAGAUACUGAUGGACUGUUUGGUGGUAGUCUGGACAAGUCUACUGUUCUGCAGGAAUCAAGAGCAUUCAACGAGUCGCCCAUCAACCCAAAAAAGUGUCGAAUCAUCAUCACAAAGAUUGUGUAUCUGUUGCACCAGGGACAAACCUACCAGUCGCAAGAGGCUACUGAUGCCUUUUUCUCCAUCUCAAAACUAUUUCAGAAUCCUGAUGUUUCACUUCGACAAAUGGUUUAUCUGGCAAUCAAGGAACUGGCAAAAACUGCACAGGAUGUUUUUGUCGUCACCUCGAGUCUGACAAAGGACAUGAAUGCUCGCUCUGACUUAAUCUACAGACCCAACUCCAUUCGUGCUCUCUGCAAAAUCACUGAUGCUUCUAUGAUGCAAGGUAUUGAGCGUUUUAUCAAGCAAGCCAUUGUAGACAAAAAUGUCGCUGUAUCUAGUGCUGCUCUUGUUUCCUCUAUCCAUUUGUUUCAGUUGAACAAGGAAGUUGUAAAGCGUUGGGCAAAUGAAGCACAAGAGGCUAUCAGCAGUAAAGGUAUCACUGCUCAAUAUCAUGCGCUUGGUCUACUAUAUCUCAUGCGUCAACACGAUCGUAUGGCCGUUAUCAAGAUGGUUCAAAACUAUGCUCGUGGAUCAUUAAGAUCACCCCAUGCAAUUGUAAUGCUUAUUCGUUAUGCUUGGAAAAUCAUGGAGGACGAAGAUUCUUCAUCACGCGCUUUUUACGAAUACCUGGAGAGCUGGCUGCGUCAUAAAAAUGACAUGGUUGUUUAUGAAGCUGCUCGUGCAAUCUGCAGUCUCAAAAACGUCACCCCCAAGGAAUUGUUUCCCGCUGUUUCUGCUCUUCAGCUUAUGAUUGUCAAUCACAAGCCAGCUCUUCGUUUUGCUGCUAUUCGAACACUCAAUAGGCUGGCAAUGAUUCAUCCUAAUGCCGUGUUCCCUUGUAAUUUGGACAUGGAAAACCUGAUUACCGAUUCUAAUCGAUCUAUUGCCACGUUUGCCAUUACCACUCUUCUCAAGACCGGAAAUGAAGCAAGUGUUGACAGACUCAUGAAGCAGAUUUCUGGAUUCAUGUCCGAGAUUUCCGACGAGUUUAAAAUUAUUGUUGUUGAUGCAGUACGAUCUCUCUGCCUCAAGUUCCCCUCAAAACAAACUCUCAUGCUUAAUUUUCUUUCAGGAGUACUUCGUGAUGACGGCGGCUAUUUUUUCAAAAGUGCUAUUGUUGACGCCAUGUUUGACAUUAUCCAUUCUAUUCCUGAAUCCAAAGAAUUUGCUCUUUCUCACCUUUGUGAGUUUAUUGAAGACUGCGAAUUUGCCAAACUUGCUGUUAGAAUUCUUCAUGUGCUUGGUGCCGAGGGACCACAUGCCUCGAAUCCUACAAAGUAUAUUCGUUUUAUCUAUAAUCGAGUUAUUUUGGAAACCUCCAUUGUCAGAGCUGCUGCGGUUUCUGCUUUGGCCCAGUUUGCAGUUCAUUUAGAAGAUGCUCGCCCAAGAAUCUGUGUUUUGCUGGAUAGAUGCACCGACGACUCUGAUGAUGAAGUACGCGAUAGAGCCGCUCUCUUUUUACGUAUUUUGAAUAAUCCUGAUCUUUCAAGCAAGUACAUUGCAAACAACUCCACUUUUGCACUGGCUUCCCUAGAGGCUAAUUUGAGUCAUUAUCUUAAAACCCCUGCUGGAUAUGACAAGCCAUUUGAUAUCAACUCUGUUGCUGUGGUAAGCAAAGAGCAAGACCAGGUUGAGCGUCAGCGUGUCAAGGAUGCUGCUCGUGAUCAGUCAACUGCUGGUGCUGGAGGUGUCUCGAAUGGUGCUGCAGCAACCCACAGCAGCAUAUCUGCCAUCUCUGGUUCGGCAGGUGCAGCCAGCAGUGCAUUUGACGCACAAUCUGUUUAUGCCACGAUUAUGAGCAAUAUUCCCCAGCUUGCAUCACUUGGUCCCUUGUACAAAUCAUCCCAAGCUGUCGAUCUCACUGAAGCGGAAACUGAAUAUAUUGUUACGUGUGUCAAGCAUGUUUUCCCUCAGCAUUUUGUCUUUCAAUUUGAAUGCAAAAACACUCUUGAUGACUCGAUGUUGGAAAAUGUUUCUGUAUCUAUGGGUCUUCAAUCAUCCGAUAGUCAAGACAUCCAUGAGCUCCAGCCUGAAUUUAUUAUUACGGCUGAAAAGCUUGUAUACGAUGUUCCUGCGUCAAUCUACGUCGUCUAUCAACGCUUGAAUAAUGCUACACCCACAGCAUACUUUUCCAAUACAUUAAAGUUUGUUGUCAAGGACUGUGAUCCCAAUACUGGCGAGCCUGAUGAAGAAGGAUUCGACGAUGAGUAUUUGCUGGAGGAUGUGGAAAUCACAUUGAGUGAUUACAUGCUGCCAACGUAUGUUGCUGAUUUUGAUCGUGCUUGGAAUGAUGCUGGCGAGGCCGGACAAGUUAUUGAAGCGUAUGCGCUUACAGCCGUCAAAGGAAUUUUGCAAGCUGUGAAGAGCACCUGCGACAUGCUUGGUAUGCAGGCACUCAAUGGUUGUGACAAUGUGAGUGAAAAGGCUACCACACACGCAAUGAUGAUGGCGGGCACGUUUGUUAAUGGAGUCCAAGUUCUUACCAAAGCUAGAAUGGCGUUUGAUCCUUCUUCCGGUGUAUCAAUGGAGAUUUGUGUUAGGAGUCAAGAUGCUGAUAUUAGUGCUCGUGUUGCCAACGCCAUUAGUUAAUUUUCUGGAUUAAGAUCGGUAUUUGGUAUAUUGAGGAUGAAGGCUUAAACUGUUUCGCCAAUAAAUUCGAAUUGUUUCUUUGG